AUGUUAGUUGUUUCUAAAAAACGCUUUAAGAAGGAUGAGGACCGGUCUAAAUUUACUGUACUAAGGCAUUGCCUUUCGGAAAUAGCUCAAAAUGUAGGAAGCCGUGGAGGAGGAGGAGGCUACGGCGGCGGUGGCGGAUACGACGAUGGAAGUUACGGCGGUGGUGGUAACCGAUCACGUGGUGGAGGUGGUGGAUUCAAUAUGAAUGAUAUUGGAGGCGUCAUUAAUUCGAUCAGCGGUGGUGGUGGAAAAGCAGGCAACAUUGGAAAUAUCCUUGGUGGUAUUGGUAGUCUCAUUGGUGGCGGUGCAGGACAGUAUGGUGGCGGAGGAGGAAAUAUCAAUCCAAAUCGUCUGAGCGGUGGAAUGGUAAACAUCCUCGGUGAUCUUAUCGGUGAAGCUGCUCAUCGUUUCCUUGGAGUUGAUCCAGCUACUGGAAGAAUCAUCGGUGCUGUUGCUGGAAAUGUUAUCAUGGGACUUGGCGGCAAGGAU